CGGGAAGAGGGGGCAGGAACCUACCGGACCUACAAACGACAAGCCCGAGGGUGGGGCGGGAUGCUUUGCGGUGUGAGAAUCUUUGAGAUAAUUUGCGGGGUUCUUUGUGGAAUCAGAUUGUGGAUUGGGAAAUUCUGGGAUCAGGAGGAGUUGUGUUCAAGGGGUAAGCGUAGAAUCCCUGCAGAAAGGCUCUGUUGGGGUAAGGAGAGGGAUGCAAUGUCCAGGGUGUCCCCUGAAGAAUCUGAGUUCGUGGAUGCGAUGGUUCAGGCCGGGAUCCACUCACUGACCUGAUGGCCCUUAACCCCGGUGGCACAUUUGGGAAGCCUGAAAAAAUUAUGGUGGGCAUCACCUCCAGAGACCCCAAUUUAGUGGUCUGGGUAAGGCCUGAGCCUUGGUGUUUGAGAAUCAAAAAUCAGGUGAUUUUAACAUGCAAACGUGACGAAAACCACUACACGUAUUUCUGAGUAAAAACCUCCCGGUUGAUGCCCAGUUCCUCAGGGACUUAAGUGUUCUGUGACUCUGAGGUGAAUCGGUGACUUUCGUGCCACAGUAGAAUUCUGUGAAGGAGGGAGAAAGUCCCUCUCGCAAUGGGUGGAAGCCCCAUUUCCUGCCCGAGGAGUGUCAACCUGCUAUUAUGGGGGAGAGAACAGGUCCCCGCUGCAGCUCUCCUAGGGCUUCCCUGGCCGGGCUGUGAAGAUGCCAAACACGUGUGAAACAAGGAGAUAGCAAUCCAGUCAGCUGCUCGCUGAGAAAAUGGCAUGCCUCCUGUUUGCUUUGCUAUUAUGCCUCGAACUUCCACCUGUUCAUUUGAUAGUCCUUCCAGGACAGGCAGGAAAUAGAUUUGCUCUCUCCGCUCCACAGAUGUGGGGAUAAACUCCGACGUCUAGUUGGUGGUAAUGUUCAGCCUUGACCUAGUACAGCGAAUACCACCUUACUUAGUAGCUUCCCCCCACCCCCCUGCUGUGGUCACUACAGACUCUGGCCAGAACUUCCCAGAGAAGACACAGCCACCCUCCUGUCCAUAUUCCAGGCUAGCCUGGUUUCCUCCCCCAAUUCCCUUAGAGACCCCUACCUGGGCUCACCAGGGCUUGCUGGAAGUUGUGGUCCUUCCUGUCCUCAUCUCCCAGGAACCUUGGGGCGUGAACUGCCAGGGAAGGGAUUGGCCAGUCGCCAGAGGGCUUCUAAAACAGAAAUGCUUCUGUGGUCUCUUACCGUACUCAGUUGGUGCCAUCGUCUUGAUAGAAUCUUUUGGAGGCUUACCAAAGGCCUUCUAUCUAGUCUGGCCUCUUUUACUGCCGGGACCAUGUUCUGCCCAUAUUGUUUUCUUAGCAUGGUGUUGUGCCCUUGGAGAAAGUGUAAAAAAUGUUUCAACGCUCCCCUCUGUAUAGCUGCAGCCUUGGUCCGCAUGUAUCUCUCAGAGGGACAGUGCCUGCUCCAGGUUGCUGUUUUUCUAGUUCCCAUAGUCAGCCAGAACACCCAGUGUGGGCUCUGGGAGUUUUCCAGUGACUGCCCUCUCUAAGGCAGAGGACACCCGCAUCCGCCUUUUAGGGACAAUGGACUAAGCAGGCAUUAAUUGAGCACUUGCUGUGUGGUAGAGGAGCUUGGGAGGACCGCGGUGAGAUUGGCCUAGCCUUGCCCUUAAGGAGCUUGUGGGCUGGGGGAGAUAAGGAAACCGAGGUACUUGAAAAGGUGGCUGAGCCUGGAGGUGAAGACCUGGCCUGGGCACCAACUGAGCAGGAUUCCGCCAGACUGUGGAAAGGGUGCUUGGUGACGUGAGAAGUGUUGAGGUCUGAAGUCAAAACUGAUUUUGAGCCGUGUCUCCGGCACCUCAUAGCUUGUGACUGUGAGCCAAUUAUUUAACCUCGGACUUCAGAGCCUUGGUUGCUUCUAUAAAAUGUGGAUGGGAAUAGUAACUGCCCUGCGAAGGAGUCGCUGUAGUGGACGUGGAAGCCAGGCCCAUCCUAAAUGUCCGCACACAGGGGAAGGCAGGGGAUACUGCAGGCAGCGAGAUACAUCCAUGCUGAAUACUGCAACGCAGUUCAGCUGAGUGUGGGGGUAUAAACCUGUUAUCCAGCACGGGGGAAGCUGAGGCAGGAGAAUUGCCACAAGUUUGAGACCAGCCAGGUCAUCACAUGUUACAUAGUGAAAUCCUACCUCAAAUAAACAACAAAAGACUUUAGUUACAUACUUGUCAGAGGGAUACCUAACUGGUCCCUAACUGAUUUUUUAAAAAGAAAACAUUUUAUGUAUGUAUGUGUGUGUGUGUGUGUGUGUGUGUGUGUAUGUGUAUGUAUGUAUAUAUAUACAUAUACAUAUAUAUGUUGUUGGUUGUUUUACUCUUUUUACUCUUUUGGGUCUUUGGAGGCCCAUCACUCAACUCCCAAAUAAAUCACACACAAAGUCUUUGUAAUGGUCUGUCCUGUCCCUUUAAGAGACAAACCCUGGGGCUGGAGAGAUGGCUCAGUGGUUAAGAGCAUUGACUGCUCUUCCAGAGGUCCUGAGUUCAAUUCCCAGCAACCACAUGGUGGCUCACAACCACCGGUAAUAAGAUCUGGUGCCAACUUCUGUCUGCAGGGACAUGCAGGCAGACCAUUAUAUAUAUAAUAAAUAAAUAAACCUUUAAAAAAAAAAGAGACAAACCCUGCCAACUCCCCACACACACUGCCACCACACCCACCACCCCACUGAGGCAGGCAGAUCACCCUUCUUUCCUGCAGUCCUAGCCUCUCCCCCCUGCUCUCUCUUCCUUCCUCCCUCUCUCUCUCUCUGUUUCUUUCCUUGCCCCCCUUCUCCCUCUCUCUUCCCUUCCAUAACCCACUAAAUAAAUAUCCAACCUCACUCUGUAUGGCUUGCCCAUCCAUCCGUCCCUUACCUGCCUGCUGCAGCUCCUCGUGAGACAGAGCUGCUCUGUCUCUCACCUGUUGUUUGCCGUCAUGCCUGUCCCAAGAACAUUUUGUUGUUGUUGUUGUCAAGAUUUAUUUAGCUUAGUGGUGGUGGCGCAUGCCCUUAAUCUAAGCUUUUAUGUCUCUCAAUUUUAUGUAUUUUAUCUCUCUUUCGAGGUCUUUGAAGAAUUUUGCUGGAAUUUUGAUGGGCAUUGCAUUGAAUCUGUAAAUUGCUUUUGAGACGAGCAUGAUCCCACUGCCAACGUCUGUGAGCCCUCCUCGGUGCUCCUGGGGCUGAGGCUUGGCCAGCAGCCAUGAGGCUAGACUGGCCCCAAGCCUGGUUGUUGGGCCUGCCCACAGCCGUGGUAUAUGGUUCCUUGGCCCUCUUCACCUCCGUCCUGCAUAAUGUGUUCCUGCUGUACUACGUGGAUACGUUUGUCUCGGUGUAUAAGAUCAACAAACUGUCCUUCUGGAUUGGAGAGACUGUAUUCCUCCUCUGGAACAGCUUCAACGAUCCCCUCUUUGGCUGGCUCAGUGACCACAAGUUCCUCAGCUCCCAGCGCCGGUGGGGAGCCGGGCUCUCCUCCAGAGACGUGGUGCUGACCCGGGUGAGGGCUCUGAGCUGGCACGGGCCCUUGCUGGCAUUGUCAUUCCUGGCCUUCUGGGUGCCCUGGGCCCCUGCUGGCUUGCAGUUCUUACUGUGCUUGUGUCUCUAUGACGGCUUCCUGACCCUCGUGGACCUCCACCACCAUGCCUUGCUGGCCGACCUGGCUCUCUCUGCCCACGACCGCACCCACCUCAACUUUUACUGCUCCCUCUUCAGUGCGGCUGGCUCCAUGUCUGUCUUUGCCUCCUACGCCUUUUGGAACAAGGAGGACUUCUCCUCCUUCCGUGCCUUCUGUGUGGUACUAGCUGCUGGCUCUGGCCUGGGCUUCCUGGGGGCCACACAAUUGUUGAGGCAGCGGAUUGAGACCACCAGAAGGGACAUUGGGUACUCAGCCAUGGUCGUGGAUAGCGGCGUAUGUGAGGAAGAGCCUCUGGUGGGUGGUGAGGAAGCGGGCAGCAUCACCUUGGGCCAGUACCUCCGGCAACUGGCACGCCACCAAAACUUCCUGUGGUUCGUGGGCAUGGACCUGGUACAGGUGUUUCACUGCCAUUUCAACAGUAACUUCUUCCCUCUCUUCCUGGAGCACUUGUUGUCUGACCACAUCUCCCUCUCGACAGGCUCCUUCCUGUUGGGCAUCUCCUAUGUUGCUCCUCAUCUCAACAACCUCUACUUCCUGCCCCUGUGCCGGCGCUGGGGUGUCUACGCUGUGGUGCGUGGCCUCUUCCUGCUCAAGCUGGGCCUUAGCCUCCUCAUGCUGCUGGCUGGCCCGGACCGCCCCGGCCUGCUUUGCUUCUUCAUUGCCAGCAACCGUGUCUUCACUGAGGGCACCUGUAAGCUGCUGACCCUUGUGGUCACUGACCUAGUGGAUGAGGACCUGGUGCUGAACCACCGGAAACAGGCAGCCUCGGCUCUCCUCUUCGGUAUGGUUGCCCUGGUGACCAAACCUGGCCAGACCUUUGCCCCACUGCUGGGCACCUGGCUCCUCUGCUUCUACACAGGUCAUGACCUUUUUCAGCAGUCCCCAGUGAUCGUGGGGAGUGUCCAGCCGAGGCCAGAGCCCCCAGCCCCGGCCCCAGCGCAGGCUGCCACACUCCGCCAGGGCUGCUUCUACCUGCUAGUGCUGGUACCCAUCACCUGCGCGUUGCUGCAGCUCUUCACCUGGUCCCAGUUCACGCUGCACGGGAGACGCCUCCGCAUGGUCAAGGCCCAGCGCCAGAACCUAGCACAGAUCCGAACGCUGGACAUUAAGAUGGUGUGAGAGCGGUUGCAAAGCCACUCUGCUGAGGUCCUUGCCCCAGUCCCAGCAGGAACCUCUCUUGCCGGCCGGCAUCCUACUUCACCUUCGCUGGGUGCAGCUCAGAGAGCAGGUGGCUGGGGCCGCUCCUGGGGAGGUCUGCCCUUCGCUAGCUGGCUGAUUGAGCUCGGGCAAGGGCUGGAUUGUAUGUGCUCAGGAACUGAGGCUCUUGUGGGACAAGAAGGAAGGAGGACCAGAAAGGGCAGGGCGGAGUGUGGUGCACAAGGAGGUGCUGGGGUACUGGAGCUGGCAACUUGGUGGGUUCAGGAACUUCUGAGACUGUAACUCCUUUUGCCCACUUAGGCGAAGCUGACUGAAAUGCUCCUUGCCUCUCCUCCGAGGCUUCUCUGCUUCAGUCGGAAGUAGCAUGGCCUCUGUGCUGUGGGCUCCCUAAAGCCCAGCAGGCCUCCAAAAGUAAAGCCAGUCAUUCCUA